CCGCCCCCUCCCCCUGCCAGAGUCGCGAGUCGGCGCUGCGGCCCCCGGUUCCGCGCUCUCGGGCCCUCGGCCGGGCGGUCCCGAGCUCUCCAGGCGCCUUCCCGGUGCUCUCCAGCGCUCGGCCUGCCCUCCUCUGCAGGAGCACCCCCUACACCUCCCCGCCGGCCCCCUUCUCUUCCCGCCGAGCCGCGGCGGCCACGGGGGCCGCAGCAGCAGCAGCAGCAGCAGCGAGAGGAGGAGCCGGGAGGCGGCGGCGGCGGCGUCCCCGGAGCCCAUGGCGUACAGUCAGGGAGGCGGCAAGAAGAAAGUCUGCUACUACUACGACGGUGAUAUUGGAAAUUACUACUAUGGACAAGGUCAUCCCAUGAAACCACACAGAAUCCGCAUGACUCAUAACUUACUGUUAAAUUAUGGUUUAUACAGAAAAAUGGAAAUAUAUAGGCCCCACAAGGCCACAGCCGAGGAAAUGACGAAGUACCACAGUGACGAGUACAUCAAGUUCCUGCGGUCCAUACGGCCCGACAACAUGUCUGAGUACAGUAAGCAGAUGCAGAGAUUUAAUGUCGGGGAAGAUUGUCCAGUGUUUGAUGGACUCUUUGAAUUUUGUCAGCUCUCCACUGGUGGCUCAGUUGCUGGAGCUGUGAAAUUGAACCGGCAGCAGACUGAUAUGGCUGUUAAUUGGGCUGGUGGAUUACAUCACGCGAAAAAGUCAGAAGCCUCAGGAUUCUGCUAUGUUAAUGAUAUCGUGCUUGCCAUCCUCGAGUUACUAAAGUAUCAUCAGAGAGUCUUGUACAUUGACAUAGAUAUCCAUCAUGGUGAUGGGGUUGAAGAAGCUUUUUAUACAACAGAUCGCGUGAUGACUGUUUCCUUCCAUAAGUAUGGGGAGUACUUCCCUGGCACAGGAGACCUGAGGGAUAUUGGUGCUGGAAAGGGCAAAUACUACGCUGUCAACUUUCCAAUGAGAGACGGAAUAGACGAUGAGUCCUACGGGCAGAUAUUUAAGCCUAUUAUCUCGAAAGUGAUGGAGAUGUAUCAGCCUAGCGCGGUGGUUUUGCAGUGUGGUGCAGACUCUCUAUCUGGCGACAGGCUUGGGUGCUUCAACCUCACAGUCAAAGGUCACGCUAAGUGUGUAGAAGUUGUGAAAACUUUCAACUUGCCGUUGUUGAUGCUCGGGGGAGGCGGGUACACCAUCCGCAAUGUGGCUCGGUGUUGGACCUACGAGACCGCAGUGGCUCUGGAUUGUGAGAUUCCUAAUGAGUUGCCAUAUAAUGACUAUUUUGAGUAUUUUGGACCGGACUUCAAACUGCAUAUCAGCCCUUCAAACAUGACAAACCAGAACACCCCGGAAUACAUGGAAAAGAUAAAGCAGCGCUUGUUUGAAAAUCUGCGCAUGUUACCUCAUGCUCCCGGGGUCCAGAUGCAGGCUAUCCCGGAAGAUGCAGUUCAUGAGGACAGCGGAGACGAAGACGGCGAGGACCCAGACAAGAGGAUUUCCAUUCGUGCGUCCGACAAGCGGAUAGCCUGUGACGAGGAGUUCUCAGACUCGGAGGACGAAGGGGAAGGAGGCCGGAGGAAUGUGGCUGAUCAUAAGAAAGGAGCCAAGAAAGCUAGAAUCGAAGAGGACAAGAAGGAAGCAGAAGACAAAAAAGCAGAUGUAAAAGAAGAAGAUAAAUCGAAGGACAAUAGUGGUGAAAAAACAGAUACCAAAGGAGCCAAAUCAGAACAACUCAGCAACCCCUGAGUGUGAGCGUCUUCCCAGUUUUAGAAAGUCAUUAAAAAGUGAGGAAACGUUGGAACACAAACUUUACUUUGAAGACUUCUGGCUUCAUUUUAUACUACUUUGGCAUGGACUGUAUUUAUUUUCAAAUGGCUUUUUUUGUUUUGUUUUUCUUGGCAAGUUUUUUGUGAGUUUUUCUAAUUAUGAAGCAGAAUUUCUUUUCUCCACCAUGCUUUAUGUGAUAGUAUUUAAAACUGAUGUGUGGACUUAUGUCAGAAAAUGUCAGAAACUGAUCUAUUAAAGUAUUUGGCCUUUCUGAGCGGAUUUUUCCAUCUUUUAUAAUUAUCUUUAUUAAAAAAUUGUACUUGGA